AUGUUGAGGUUGAUCAUUCUUUCAAUAAUAUCUUUGGUAUCAUUGACAUCCGCAAAAGACCCGAACAUUUUGGCGGAAGGAAUCUUGGGUUAUGAAUAUCCUAAUAUGAAGAGUUAUGAAUUAAAAAGUUGGGCAAUUAGACAACAAAGUAAUAUCCCUGGUUGGUUCUGGGUGAAUGGGAAGUACGCCUUAGGGAAGCAAUGUGGAUCCUCUUCUUACGAGAACUUCAAUGCUUGGGAUUGGGCGGUUGCCAUGCAAUCACUUGUUGAUGCUGUCAAGGCCACCAAUAAUCAAACUUGGAUCGAUGAAAUGAAGCUUGUUUACACCGGGUUGGAAGACUUCUAUAACAGUAAUGUCGGUGCUUACUCUGUCACCACUGCCAAGAACACCGAUAUUGAUCUUGAUGAUAAUGCCCAGAUCGCUUCUUCUUUCAUUACUGCCUACGAAACUACUGGUAAUACCACAUAUUUAAAUAGAGGUAGAAGUUUGGUGGAGUUUCUCGAAAAUGGAUGGAACUCCAAACACGGAGGUGUUGAUUGGGACUAUAGUGGGGGCUACAUUGCCACAAUUUCCACCACUGAAUCGGCUUUGGCUGCGUUGAGAUUGUACAGAGCUUCAGAUAAAAAUCAAACCCAUAUUGAAUUUGCUGAUAAAUGUUUGAGAUGGUUAUUCGAAACUCUCUGGGAUAAUUCUACCAACUUAUUGUUCGAUGGAUAUUCAACCACUUCAAAUUCCAUUGACAAGCAUCAUUACACUUACCAUAUGGGCACAGCACUUUCUUUAGCCACUUAUCUUUACAACUUCACUAAGGAAGAGUAUUAUCUUGAAAGUGCAAAACUCCUCGCUGAUUCAUCUAUCAACAGAAACUCGCCAAUUUUCAAUCGUGAUCUCGCUGAUAAUUAUCGGUUCUGGUACGAUGGGGUGAACUUCACUCAGUUAAUGUUUGAAGGUAUGGUCGAUUACGUUACCACAAUCACUCCAACUAACUUGUCAAUGAUUCACGAAAUCAAGAGACAAAUUAGAUACUUUAUCGAUGUCACCUGGGAUCCUACCAACGAUGGGUACUUUGCUGAUCCAAAUGGUUAUCAAAAUUCCCAUUUAACCACCGUAAUUUGGAAUGAAGCUACUGGUAGAAGCGAGCCAUGGACUGCCGACUUGUCUGAAUAUUGUAGCUCAUCAUCACUGAACAGGCCGGAGUUUAGAUUGCUUUAUGAGGCGUCAAUGGCAAGAUGUCUUUGGCAAGCAGUCAAAAUUGCCAAGUACGUUUGA